GAAAACACCAACUGUUGCUGCACCUAAGUUUUUUAAGGAAUUGUGGGAUCACGUACAACAUUUUAGAAUUGAUUUUAUAUUAUAUUUGUUAUUGUUAGAACAUCAGUGCUUAAUAAAUGUUUUCAUAAUUUUGUAAUAUGUUCUAUGAAACACAUUACAUCUAUGAAGCUAAUUAUAUGAAGUAUGAAUAUUAAUAUAUGUAAUUGCAAUGCCUUUAUUUAAGUCAGUACACAGUCUGUUAUUUCUGCAUGACCGUCCCUUGUCAGACAGACAGACUGCCCAGAUCAGAGGAGCACUGAUAAACUACCAUAUUUCCCCAAUUAAUCACCGGUCUGCAAAUAGCCGCCUGGUUCUUUUAAACGUCUGGGGUUAUAAUCCAUUUUGCAUAUUAAACACCCACCCGAAUAACCAAAGGGGGUGAUUAUUUGCAUUAUAUUGAGGUAAACCCAAAAUCAUCUGUACAAAAUCUAACCCAGGUGCAUGUCUGAUAAUUUGUUUUGUGUAAUUUUUGUUUUUAUUUCUGUUGUAGGCAGUCUGUGUAUGUGGACACUCACUAUUUGCCCUCUCUUCAGUUCCUCUUGUCUGUCCUCCACAAGCAGAGACUCACUGAUAGACCACUGUUACCAGUUCUAGUGUUGACACAUCCACCCACAUCCCCACCACAAGUUUAUGGGAAAAUGAACUGGAAAUGUAAGUUGUGCAAAUUCACAACAUCAAAAAGAUUGGACCUGCUGAAACACAGCAGACUAAUACAUGAGCAUUUAGGUCGAGUCCACUCCAUACCCUGCCUCUAUGCAGAUUGUCCUUGCACAGUCAAGACAUGGGGUGCAUUAAGGACACAUUUGUCAAGGCAUCAUUCUCAGUCAACCCAGCCAGGAAACAUUUUGUUUACAUGCAUUGUCUGUAAUUCAUGCUCUUUUGACAAUGAGAGGCAUUUUUUUGAACAUCUUGGUGGCCAUCUAAAAAAAUUUGAAACUGUGACAUGUGUUUUUGAGGGUUGUGAUUACAAGACCAACAAAUAUACAACAUUCCACAGCCACAAGAGUAGAAAACACAACCCACAUUUGUUGGAAGAUUUCAAGACUAAUGUUCUUUAUCAACACCAAAACAACCCGGAUGAAGAAAGUGAUUUUGUUGAGGAUGAAAACGACUGUGGCUUAGUCCUUGAGGAGGAUGAGGACUUGAACAAAAUUAUUACUAAAAGAGUGGGGUUGCUCCUCCUGAAAAUGGAGAACAUUUUUAAUGUCUCAAAUUCAUGCAUUAAUGAACUAGUAGAGGAAUUUCAUUUCCUUACAGCGUCUGCAUCUGGCCCCGUCAUUAAAGAGAUCAUUCUGAGUACUUUGAGAAAACAUGGCUGUACAUUUGAAGACUCAGUGAUAUCAGAACUGGUCAAAGACCUUUGCCAGCUAAGCCCUGUCUGUGCUGCUUUACGAGUGGAUGGGCCUUUCAGCAGUAAGUUCAGGAGAGAGCAAUUUAGUAAGGAGCAUCUCUCAUCGAUUGAACCAGUUGAGUACAUACUUGAUAGUACAGAGAAAAAAUCAUUUCAGUAUAUACCAAUCCUCCCAUUAUUAUCUCAACUUGUGAACAACAGCCACAUUCAAAACACAAUAUUACAAAACAAAAAGACAUCUGAUGCCUCUUCUGGAUACAAAUCGUUUAAUGAUGGAUCUUUACUAAGAGAAAACAGCUUUUUAUGUGAGGAUGAACUUAAACUCCCACUCAUAUUAUAUAUAGAUGACUUUGAGAUAUGCAACCCUCUGGGAACAUCCCGCAAGAAGCAUAAAGUCACAGCAGUGUACUGGGUGUUCGCAGACAUACAUGCCACAUUGAGAUCUACACUGACUUCCAUUUACUUAACCAUUUUGUGCAAGGCAAAUGAUGUCAACCAGUAUGGCUAUGCAAAGGUUUUGGACCCACUGCUCAGAGAUUUGAAGUCCUUUGAAGAUGAAGGUAUUUUUGUUUCAAGUCUGGGCAAAGUGGUCAAGGGCACUGUACUUGCUGUAGUCGCUGACAAUCUUGGUGCUCACUCAAUAGGUGGCUUUGUUGAAAGCUUUUCAGCUUCACAUUUCUGUCGCUUUUGCAUUGGAGAACGGUCACAGAUCCAGGAGCAUGAAGUAGGAGAAGGACUGUUUCCUCCACGGACUAAGUCCAACUAUGCCAUGCAUGUCAAAGCAGCACUGUCUGAUCCAGCAGAAGGUCACCACUGCGGAGUUAAAAGACAGUGUCCCAUCUCAGACAGACUCAGUAAAUUUCAUGCUAUAUCAGGUUAUCCCCCUGAUGCUUUGCAUGAUUUGCUCGAAGGAAUUGUACCUGUGGAAAUAUCACUCUGUCUUGAUGUGUUAAUCAGAAAGAAAUACAUCUCUCUUCAGGAGCUCAACCAUUCCAUACGUUGCUUUCCUUACAAAUGGAGUGACAAAAGAAACUGUCCACAACCCAUUGCCCCGCAUUUCAACUUACGAAAAAGCGUAGGAGGUAACGCACACGAAAACUGGUGUUUGUUGAGAAUGAUGCCACUCAUGAUUGGUGACAAAGUCCCAGAAGAUGAGCCUGCUUGGGAGGUUUUGAUGAACCUUAAAGAUGUUGUGGAGCUUGUCAUGGCUCCUCUCCACACAGAUGAGACAAUAGGAUACAUGCAAAGUAAGAUCUCAGAACACCGUUACAGAUAUUUUGAAGUGUUCCCAGAGGAGAAAGUUCGACCAAAACACCACUUUCUCGAGCAUUAUCCAUGGCUUACAACUGUUUACGGGCCACUGGUACAUUUCUGGACUAUGCGGUUUGAAGCCAAACAUCGAUUCUUUAAAAGGAUUGUGAGGCAGACUGGGUGUUUUAGAAACAUUCUCAUGACAAUGGCAAGAAAACACCAAUCAAUGAUUGCGUAUCAUACCAACAAUUGCAACAACCAAAGGCCAGCACUGUCAGUGUCCCAGAGGACUCUUGUGGCAGUUGAUGUUCUUAAAGAUGGCAUUAAGGAGUCCUUCGCAAGGAAGUUCCCUGGGGAAGAGUUUGUGAACAUGACAAAUAAAGCAACCAUUUUAGGCACAGACUAUAAUAUUGGCAUGGUGCUGCCGUUUGGCUCAACAGGAGGCCUACCUGACUUUGGAGAAAUCCAGCAAAUAAUCAUUGUGCGUGAAACUCCUGUCUUUGUUCUGAAAUUGCUUAGUGGUUGGUAUUGUGAACACCUGAGGAGUUUCAAAGUAGAGCCAACAGGAGAGACAGAAAUCCUUAAACAUUCUGAAUUAAAAGAAACAUACCCCUUGGCUGCAUACAAUGCAGCAGAUGGCCGUAUGGUGACCCUUAAACACUUCAUUUGCACAUAAGACUGAGGAAACACACACCAAACAACAAUGGCGGUCCAUUUAAGAGUCGUUUUAGAAGAACACAACAUUCAAAAGCUGAAACUUCCAACAGGAAUUCCAAAUACAGUGGAAGAUCUUGUUUCCAUAGUUACUGAAAC